GAGAAAAAAAGGGAAGAGCCCUUGCAAAGGAACACAAGUUGGGUAAUCCAGAAUUAUCUACCCCAGGAAACCGUACAUUUCCAGGUGAAAGGAACGGGCACGCUGAAUAAAGCCAAUUUCAAACACAAUAUUUUUAAUCUUUCACGGAUGAUAGUCAUCAUAUUUCUAAUGUUGUUCAGAAACGGUCUCGGAUGGGAAAUUCCUUCCCCCUCCCCCAAAAUUACAAACUCAUCUGAUCGCAGCAUUUCCUCAAACUAUUCGCAUUCCUUUUGACUUGAGACGCCGACAUACCCAUCCGGCUCAAUCUCAUCAUUUUAUUUCUCGUUGUUGUAAUGGUACACUGUCCAUUUCACAGCUCCUCACACGCAAGAAACAAUUUUUGUGAUAGUUUUCAUUCCGUUGCUACUUUCUGCACCAAGAAAAUGAACGAGGGAAUAAGCGAUAUGAAAUUUUGAACAAUGUUUCGACUGUCGAGCUUGAAUGGUUUUUGCCUUCGAAAGUUUCUUGACGGACGAAACCAGAAUAUGUUGUCCUUUUGUUUUAUCUUUGACUAAAGAAUCGUGUAAUAGUUCUUCUCGAAUUGGUGGUCUUGUGCUUUGUUUGAAUAGUUGCCUGUGGAGAUAGCAUCGGCCAACUAAGAUUUUUUGGGAUUCAUAAGGAUUGAAGGUAUUUGGUGUUUGUUCACGGAAUCUGAUGGCCGCGAUUGCGGCCUGUAGGCGGGGAGGGCAAUUGGGAGCCCAUUCAAUUGCCUUAAAUGGAUUACGAGGAUUUGUGCCAUGGAAAACGCCAUCUUCAUUUGAAGGAGUAGCUUCAUCGGCUUCUGUUGCGUUUUUCAGACGAAAUUCUCAGCUGGUGAAAUCUAACGGAAAGCGUUUAUUUCUUAUUGACACAUUAGCCAUUGUUAGGAAAUUAGAGGGCCAAGGUUUACCCUCAAAACAAGCUGAGGCAAUAACUGCUGCCAUAAUUGAAGUUUUGAAUGACAGUGUUGAAAAUGCAUCCCAUUCAUUCGUAUCUAAAGAAGAAAUGCAGAAAAAUGAACUGAUUCAAGAAGCCAAGCUAUCCAAAUUUAAAACAGAAGUGCAGAGCUCUCAGGGGAACCAUUUUUCGCUGUUGCAACAUGAGACUGACAAGGUUCGGAAUGAUAUAGAGAAGAUGCGCAGCGAAUUAAGAUAUGAGAUAGAUAAAGUCACAGCUGGGCAGAGGCUGGAUUUGAACCUUGAGAGGGGGAGAAUUAGGGAGGAACUGUCCAAUCAGGGUGCCGAAACUUCAAAUCUGACUAACAAACUUGAUAGAGAGAUUCAUGCUUUAAGAGCACAGCUGGAAGCGGCCAAAUAUGCUGUGAUAAAAUACUGCAUAGGAACUGUUGUUUCAAUUUCUGCGGUUGGCCUUGCUGUUGUCCGCAUCUUGAUGUGAACAAGAUUGUGAUCGAAUUAAAAUUUGAUAAAAUCUUCGGCUAAGGCAACAAAAGAAGAAGAUAAAAUUCAGGUUGAGGGACUUGAAAGAGUGAAGUGUUAAUUUGAAGGUGAUGUAUUAAUGUUGUGUUAGAGGAAAUGGGCCUUUUUUGGAGCCCCAUUCUUUGCUUUCCAUAUUCUUUUGUUCAUUUAUUUGGGAUAUUUGCUUAUUUUGAAUUAUAUUCUCACGAACUUAUAUCUUUCAUAUUUUAAAUCAAUCAAUCGGGAUGGCAAUCGCAUUCCCUUUUAAGUGCUCUGUA